AUGUUGGCUCAACGCCUAGAAGAAUCAACAAAACAGCUCCAGUCUGUGGAUACUUGGAUCGCCCAGUUUGCCCAAUCCAUCAAGCCCUCAGACCUUAUCGCCCAGGAUGUGCCUGAAUUCCAUAACAAGACGCUUCUACAGCUAGAGCAGAAACACCACGACUCAGCUCUGGCAGUAAGUCACCUUAAGCUGCUCUGGAUUGUGAAAAACUUGAUCCAUGAGCUUCAAGUACUGUUUGACCCUUUGGAAGAAGGUGGAUACGUUUGUGAUAUUACUGAAUUGGAGGGGAUCUUACAGAACAUCAAGAGCUUGAAGAGUAAGAUGGGACCGUUCGUGAAGGGGAACUUUAUUAUUGGCUCGACGCUUCAGGAGUCUUACGAUGGGAUAAUUGAGUCGUAUCAGAGUCAAUUGGACGUGUUGUUUGGUCAGCAUGUGCAGCUGAAUGAUGGUACGUUUAAGGUGGUUACGGUGGUUUCUGUGAAUGAACAGGAACACCUGCUUCGGGACUUUUUGAAGGUGGUGGCUGAUUUUGAGAGUUUUACGGGGCAAAGUGCUGUCACGGAGAAACUCAACGAUUUGAAGCCGUUGUGGGAUAAAAAGCUCUUGGAUCCACUUGUCAAUAAGAAGAAGUACCUUCUGCUUGUUCCUGAACUGGAUACUGAGUUUAGUAUUGAACUUGCCGAUGCACUUCCGCCAGCACAGUUUCUUUCGCCUUACUACUUUGACUCUGUACGGAACUUUGUUACGUUUGUCAAUUUGCUAGAGAACCAGUCGUUUAAGAACUACUACCUGACCAAGGUUAGUAACAAUAUCGUCAAUACCGUUUCGGAAAGCAUCGAAGGGUUUAUGAAGAAUAGAGACCUGCUUUCUGGAGAGUUGGUGAAAACUAUCGGGUUGGCUUCGGAAUCGGGCUGGAACGUACAGAUCUCCAGAGCAUUGGGUUCUCUUGAUAGAAUCGACAGCAGCAUAAACAGACUCCACCUAGAAUGGGUCACGGAUAAGUACAUCAACAAGCUACGCGAGUACUUCAACGGGUCGAGCUUUUCCAGUGACCUUCGUUCGCUUAAAGAGGUCGAAAUCGAAGUUGAACAUCCACCUGAGCCUGAACCUCAGCCUGAACCUCAACCUCAACCUGAGUACAUUCCAGAACCUGAACCUGAGGAAGAAGUUGACGAUUGGGACCAGCCAUGGGGCUCUGACGAUGAUCAGGCUGCUGAAGAAGACGACGGCUGGGAUCAGGACUGGGGUUCUGAUGAUGGAUGGGACGACGACGAGCCCAAGGCCCCAAAGUCCCCAGUCAAGCCUAAGCGAGCUGCACCAGCCACGCCCAAAGCUCCACAACCAAAACAACCAGAACAACCGCAACAACGUGUUUCUAUUGACAUUGUCACCCGCAGUGCUGUGGUGGAAUCUAUCCGUGGCAUCAUUGAUGAGUAUCUUUCUGAAGUUGGCGACGAAGAUCUCAGUGACAUCCUUUUUGCUGUAUCUGAAUUUGCCCUCCUGUCAUACCCACCACUUCCCCUGCUGUUUUUGCUUUAUAACGACCUUAAAGCUCUUGAGUUUGAGGAAACCACCAGAUUUGCUGAGAUGCAGUGGAAACACACCAGAAUCCAGCUUUUCGGUCAGCUCAAUGCAUUCUUCAGUGGCAUAGAUUUCUCCAACGACGAUAACAUCUCCGAUCCUACAGACGAUUCUACUGGGAUUACUGCUGGAAUCACUCAAUUCAACGAAUGUCUCACCAGACUAGUGGAUUCAGAUAUGGCCAAGACCAACAGAGCCCUUCUUCGAACCACACUUCAAGACUUAUCCAACCAUGCCAACACGUGGAUCGUGAAUGGCAUCAUAUCCUCCAAAGAGAUUACUGAGUUCCAAUGUGAAAAGUUCACCAGAGUGCUUGAAAGUCUAGAUGAAGUUGAGGCCCUUGUGCUUGCAAGAGUAGGCGCUGAAAGCAACCGUUUGGCCACCUACAACAAGCUGAAGCAGGCUAUCAUCCUCGUGAACAACCAUCUUACAGAUAUCAUGGAACAUUUCUACCAAGGAGACUUUUUCGAUUUCUCUACACAAGAGUUGAUACUGGUGUUGCAAAGUGUAUUCAUAACAAGUGAUCUAAGAGAGAAUUGCAUCCAGGAGAUUCUCGAAUCAAGAGCGUCGUUGGUGGUGACAUCCACAGUUUGCGACUCCAAGGAGAUCUUGGUGUCGGUGACGCCGUCCAAUUUUCCCAAGGCCUUCAGCACGGAGUUGGAGCAGCCAGAGCAAGCCAUUUUCACGUUGAAUUGA